GUAGAAUUUCAUUGUGAAAAUUCAUUAUUCAAUGUUUCUCAUGAAAGAAAAAUGUCUUUGGUUUGGAACAUGAACUAUCCCCCCAACAUCUGGCCUUUUUGACAGCUGUCCCAGCCUGACCCCAAGCAUCCAGUUCGUAGUGGACUAAUAAUCUGGACCCCACAAUGACUGCAGCCCUGAGGGAAGAGCUGAGGAACACUCUGGGCAACCUCACAGGGGCCGAUUUUAAGAGGUUCAAGCACCUCCUUCGGGACCAGGGCCAAAUCCCAUGGGGAAAACUGGAGAAGGCCGACAUAAACGACACUGUGGACUUGAUGGUAGAGAUGUACUGCAUGAAAGCUGGGGACGUCAUGUUGACCAUCUUGAAGAAGAUGAACCACAACCAGUUGGCCAUGGAGAACGAUCUGGAAGAAUCCCUGAGGGAAGUGAAGAGAGUGCUGAGGAACACUCUGGGCAACCUCACGGAUGCCGAUUUCAAGACGUCCAAGCACCGCCUUCGGGACCAGGAUGACAAAAUCCCAUGGGGACAGCUGGAGAAGGCCGACAGAGAUGACACUGUGGACUUGCUGGUGCAGGUGUACAGCACGGAAGCUGGGGACAACAUGUUGACCAUCUUGAAGGAGAUUAACCAAAACCAGUCGGCCAUAGACUUGGAGAAAGAUCUGGAAGAAUGUGAGUGUGUAGCUCAUAGUCUCUGAUGAGGCAUCUGUG